CUUGUGCUCCCAAACCAUCAGUCAUCCAUACUCACUACUACUACUAGCUACUCAUCGACCAAUCUCCACGUGCAUCGUUCCACAGCUUGCAGCGCGGCUUGUUGACAGUUGACACACACACACACACAGAGAGAGAGAGAGAGAGAGAGAGAGAGAAAAGUCAAUUGAGAGGGACGACAGAGUGAGUUAGCUUGCAUUGGACAGAGAGAGCCAAACCAGAACCAAAAGCAAGCAAGGAGAGAUUGUUACUUAAUGGAGCGCGUGAUGAAGAUCGCGUCGGAGCGCGCGGUGGUGGUGUUCACUCUGAGCAGCUGCUGCAUGUGCCACACGGUGACGAGGCUGAUGGCGGACCUGGGCGUGAACGCGCUGGUGCACGAGCUGGACAGCGACCCCAGGGGCAAGGACAUGGAGCGCGCGCUGCUCAAGAUGCUGGGAGGGAGGGGCCCCGCCGUCCCCGCCGUCUUCAUCGGCGGCAAGCUUGUCGGCGGAACUAACAGGGUCAUGUCGCUCCACCUCGCCGGCGAGCUCGUGCCCAUGCUCAAGAGCGCCGGUGCGCUCUGGUUGUAGAGAGAGACCUGCUAGCUGCUGAUCAUGCAUGGCGCGGGCGGCAGCCUAUGCGUGCACUGCACCUUUGUGUGCGUGCAUGCAUGGCUACUGUGCGUAUGCAUGCAUGCGCGCGAGCGCGGGAAAAAAUAAAUAAAGACACUAAACCAAGGGCAGGCACAGGCAGGUUAGUACUUAGUAGUGUGUGUACCGGUCAAAGACAGGUUUUUUCCCGUCCUGUUCUUCUGAAUUCUGACAGCAACAAUAAGCAAACUGUGGCUUGCUAGCUUCAUGCAUGCGGCUUAGCUUGUAUAGGAGUUAGUGAGCGAUCUAGAGAGAUGGCGGCCUAGGUAUAUCAAUAUAUGUAUGUACUGCUCUUUUUCCAUGGGCUUAUGAAUAUCAAUAUAUAUGUAUUUUUAAUUAA